UUUGUUGUUGUUUUGUGUUGGGUUUUGUUUCGUUACUAGUUAACGUUUGUUUCUUGACCUUUUCCUUUCAUCUCAUUCUGAUGUUGAACCCUUACCUCGUGAUCUCCUCCUUCUCUCUCUCUUCUUACUUUCCUUUUUUCUCUCUAUUUCUGCAUCCGUUUAUCUGGCUGGUUGGCUGUGUUUCUGCAAAAGGAAAUGUUAAAACACUCAAGGAACAAGCUUUGACAGUCAAGUGCCUUCCGGAUCUUUGCAAACACUUGCAGUGUGAUUCUCAGUCGACAUCGUCUAUCAUCGCUUAUCGACAGGUCACGGACUGCUUCUAGCUGUAGAUGGUCUGAUCAAAUAUUUAAACUGGAGAAAGCAUAAAGAUACCGAUGCUGGAAAACAUUGGCAAACAAUUUAUUUUACUAAACAAAAGGCAUAGAGGCGCGUGUGAGCACGUGGUCCUGCUGGUCUGUCAAAAGCCGAGAGUGGAAUAAUUACAGUUUGUCUCCAGCAUCAUCAGCUCUGUGGUCAUUGCAAGAUGACAGGGUACCGUCCACAUCACAGAGCUUUGUUGUCCAGUCUCUUUGCUGUUGUCAUCUGUCUCACAGUCUGUUUGGGUGAAGACACUUCGCUCCAGGUAAGACGUGUACCUGAAGCAGUCCAACAUGUGGAGUGCAGCCACCCGCUAACUCCAGAGCUGCUGGUGCUCACCCUCAAGGAGACCGCGGGUGGCCUGCAUGUGAGGACUGCCCGCAAGGACAACAACCAGUGUAGCGGAAACCUAACCUUCUCAGCAUGCUUCACUGACCACACCACUGUCACCAUCCGAGCCAUCAUCUUUGCUCAAGGAUCUGGAGAGUUCCGUUCAUUUGAAUGUGAAGCCACCUUACUACUGGAGUCUGUGACUACAGUGAAGCAUGUCGGUCAACUUGACAUCAAUGUGACAGAUGCUAUGACUACAACAAACAAUUCUGUGAGGCUUUAUGCCAAUGCAUCCGCUGAUAGCACCAGGAAGACACUUGACACGUGUGUUGCCCCAGGUGCACAGCAGGCAGCCAUCAACAUUCUUAUCGCUUUGACUGUCGUCUUCAUUGGCAUCACAGCUCUUCUCGCCAUCAUCUUAUACAAGAGAGACCACCUUCCAUCGCUGAGUCACGUGAUCGGCCUACCUGAGGGUGUGACUGCUGCUCGGCCUCAUGAAAGGGAAGACAACUCAAACACACCAGAGAAUACUAGCAUCAGGCACCAGACCUCCCUGACCUCUCCACCUGCCACCCCAGCUCCCCGCGCACCUGGAACCGAGAUGGAUUACAAGGACAAAGUGGCUCUCACUGCAGGUGACCCCCUAAAGCCCCCGACGGCAGACACCACUGACACUUUGUGCCAUUAUCAGGUCCCAUGGGCUCAAGUGGACAAGGACAUGGAAGAGAAGCCAACCAUUUGCUCUUUAGACGACUAACAUGGUGGCUAUAAUGACAGAGAGCAUUCCACAAACACAAAGUGUAUGAGGGUCACAUUUAAAAUUCUUUAAAAACCUUGAAUGCCUCGCUGCCGAGUAGUCAUUGACUAGUUCAGAAAAAUAAAGCCUCAGUUAUCACUUA